AUGGUACAGCUGAGAAGAACCAUCACUACCAACAAAGUGUUUCAAGCGAUCACGUCGACUAACGACAAAGUUGCUCACUUUGUCGUGUUCAUGUGGGAGUCGUGGCUGUUUGUAAAGAUGUUUGCUGAGGACAUCGUGACUUUCCGCAAGCUACAGGCCAACAAGUACGUGUUAGGGGUGCUGAUCUGUUCAUUAUGCGCAAGUGUAACGAGUGAAUUCGCCCAAAGCGUGGUUUCGCGGGGACAAAGGGUGUUCGAUGUGAAGGAUAUUAUUUGUAAUUUCUGGGGCAGUCUGCUUGGUGUGGGCAUUGCCUUCUACCAGGACCGAUAA